AGGUCGUUGUUACGUCAACACCUCUCCUACAGCGGCGAACGGCCUCGUCAGGGAGGUCACAGCCGUAGCGUUGUUUUUUGAGGUCGAGGCGGGCGGGGUGCAGCCUGUUGUUGGGUCGGACGGACGUAAUCAAGCAGGCAGUCAGUCUGAAGCAGCUGUCACAUGCUGCAGUUACCGCUGCGUCGCCGACAGCCAGGGAUGAGGAAUUGAGCCAGAAUUACCUUCAUUGAUGAUUCAGGUGGAUAUUUUAGUACAGAUUUAGCGAAAGAGUCCGUUAGUGCUACUUACUGGUUAAAGUUGCGGUGCGCGAGGCAAACUUGAAAACUGGAGCACGCGACACGGCAGUUACAGCCGACACCGACAAAGAAACGGACUCUUAACUACUAACAAGCGUCAGGUAAUUUAAAUCGUUUACGGGAGAGGAAAGGGGUCGCUUUACUCCAGUCUACCGGCACUGACCAGGGUAGAAACGAAGAUCGAGUUAUCAUGGUUACCACCAAGGGAACAAAUCUUAACCCCAAUGCCAAAGUAUGGCAGGAGAUCCCAGCCCAACAAAAUGACAUCCCAGAGGUAUCAGAGAAUUCUUCCUGGAUUCCUUCCAACUCUUCCCCUGCCGAGAUGAAUGGUGGUUUCUCAGACGUUCUCUCUUCGGGGAGUAAAGGAUACUGUAUGGACUCUCCGAAUAGCCCUGACGAGUACUCCACAUGCGAUGAUGUGGAGCAACCUGACUUGGGAUAUAUGAUCUUUGAUUCUGCCACAGACACUGAAGUGUCUAAGGAAGAAGUAGUGACUGAAGAGAGCUUACGGUCGUCAUUAAAGAAACGACUGGAAUUGUGCUUUUCUAGGGAGAACCUUUCUAAGGAUCUGUACCUGAUAUCCCAGAUGGACAGUGAUCAGUUUAUUCCUGUCUGGACUGUUGCCUGCAUGGAGGACAUCAAAGCACUCACCACUGAUAUGGAUCUAAUUCUGGAAGUGUUGAGAGCUUCUCCCUUGGUGCAAGUUGAUGAUGCGGGUGAGAAAGUUCGACCUAACCACAGCCGCUGUAUCAUUAUUUUAAGGGAAGUGCCCGACACUACUCCAGUUGAGGAAGUAGAGGAUCUUUUCAAGAGUGAAAACUGUCCAAAGGUGUUGGGUGUUGAGUUUGCUCACAACAACAACUGGUACAUAACAUUUCAGUCAGAUAUGGAUGCGCUGCAGGCAUACCGAUAUCUACGAGAGGAAGUGAAAAUGUUCCAGGGGAAACCCAUCAUGGCCCGUAUUAAAGCCAUUAAUACGUGCUUUGGAAAGAAUAGCUUUCCCAGCAUGGAAUCAGGAGUGUACCAGCAGCACGCCCAACCUCAGGCCCAGUAUGUGUCUCCGGUGUACAUGCAGCAGGUGUACAGCCCCCAGCAGGAGUACCCCAUUUAUCCUCUGGUGUCUCCAUCCUGGAGCCCUUCGAUUGUGCCACACUUUGAAACGCCACUGGCACCCUUCCCUAAUGCUGCAUUCAUGAAUGGAUACAGCAGUCCUGGGAACUACAAAUCAAACUCCAGCUCCAUCAGCGGCCAUCGUCCUGUUGGCAGGAACAGGAAUAAUGUAAAAGCUCACACUAGACCAGGAGAUCCCAUUUCAUCUAACUUGGCUUCAGGGACUAUGAUGGAUGGGAUCUCUGGCCCCCUGGGUACUCAGGACUUCCGGGCACUAAGGACUCUGUCCAGUAUUACGUCACAGUCAGCCUCUUCAUCUUCCUUCAGCCUUAAAGAGACUUCUUUACUAUCCUCCAUAUCCAGUGGAGAUCAGAACGGGGUUGGACGAGAAAGGAGAAAUGGGCACAGAGGCAUGAGGAGGAAAAGAGAAGAUGAGCAGUCCAUGAAGCCUGUCCCUUUGAUGGAGGUCAAGGCAGCCCCUCCUAAUUUUGAUCUGGCAGCUUCUAGUUUUCCUCCUUUGCCAGGAUCUGUGGUCCCUGUUCAGGGAGAAGCCGUGACAGAGGUGCGCCUCUCUGAUGUCGUCCGUGGCCUAAAGCUUCCAACCAAGGCAGGAAACCAGGAAAACACCUUGGCUCAAAACACAAAAGAGCCUGAAAGUUCUGCUAGCAAAAAGGAUUCUACCGCUCUACCAACUAAACCUACUGUUGUUGAGAUACAAACAGCAACUCCAUCAGCAUCAAGUGGUUGUCAAACAGUAACAAAAGAAGAUAAAACCGAACCAGUACCAGCUGCUGUUCAGGGAAAUGUUUCUCCAUCCACUGAACCCGAUUCUAAAACCACUCCAGGACACACUCCCACCGUGUGCAGCAAAAGUGUUUCCACUGAAAACCCUUCAUCUUCAACAUCCGAACAGGAACAGCAGGGGCCAAGAAAGCUCAGCUAUGCAGAGGUUUGCCAGAGGCCGGCCAGAGACCCACCACCAGCAGAGAUGCCCUCCCCUCCCCCUCCUGCCGCUUCACCUAACCACCCUCUGAAAGAGCUCAAGGUCAAUAAUGUCAAGGAGUCUCAGCACAACUCCAAAAAGAGUACCGAGAGAGUUGGAGAUAAACCUCCUCAACAACCUUCACGUACAUUCAGAGGUGCACCCGGUCACGCCAGAGCAAAGGGUUCGGGGAUGAAGAUCCGGGAGCAUCAGAGGGGCCUUAAUGCUGGCAAGCGGUUUUCCCCACAGCGGGGACCCAAACGCAGUGGCAAAGAGCAGAACAUACCCCCUUCUUCACCAAAAUAACUGAAAUUAAAACUUUACAGACCCUAUUUAAAAUGUGUAAAUAUGUAAAUACAGAAAAAUAUAUUUCUUUUGACAGAUUUUGUCAAAGAGUCAUGAUAUCUAAAAUUAUUCAGAGACUUAAAGUUGAUAUUCCUUAAAGGAAAGUGUGUAUUUCAACAGGAUUCAUGGCUAAGUGCUAUAUUACAGCCCUUAAAGGUUAAAUGUGGACUUAUUUUUAACUUUGAUAUUUAAUACGGCAGUACUUCACUUACAUAGAGAUAAGCAAUGUAUUGUCACCAGAGAUCAUUUGUCAUACUUCUCUAUGUUUGUCAUCUGAUCUGGCAAGUUGUAUAUCUUACUGCAGGAGUUAUGUUUUUUGCAGUCUGGUGCAUUCAAUCUGAGGCAACCGUUCAGAUUUUCCUCUGCAGAAGAAAUUAUAUUCAUUGACUACAAAAGGCAUUACAGAGGGUUUAUCUGUAAAAACCUCAAAAUCUGAAGACUUUAGAGAUUGAUUUUAAAUUCACUUCACCAUCAGAGAUCGUGAAUAUCAUGGAUUGCAACUUUUUUAAGUUUUCACCCAAGGUUAUGGAAGCUUUCAUAGAUGGAGGUAGGUAAGAAGAAAUGGGUUGGAUCUUUUUCUCCUUUGCUUUUGCUUUUUUAACUGUGUUUUAAUACAGUAGCAUAGUUUGUAAAUAUUUGAAAAAAGAAGCCACGUUUUAUUUUUGUUAAUUUUCAAGGUGUUAUUCAUCAAAGUUGUUUUUUGUUGAAACCUAGAAUGUGUGAUCAUGUUAUGGUACUUGUUGCUGAGUCCUGAGCAGAUGAAUAGUGAAGUUACCUUUUUAAAGUUUGAGGGUAACAAUUUUAGAUUAUUUUGUAAAACAUUUUCAUUUCAGUUUCUUUCUUUUCUGAUGUUUAUUCUUUAGAGAUGUAAAUAUUACUUCAUAUUGCUAACACUUGGAAGAGGGCCUCUGAUAGAGCUGUUUUAGUGUUUCAGUAAUUGUGAAACAUCUACAGUAUCUCUCAAAAGUGAGUACAACCCACACAUUUACAUCUUUUCAGGGACAACAUUGAAGAUAUGACACUUGCAAUGUUAAGUAGUCAGUAGGUUGUAUAACCGUAAAUUUGCCGUCUCAACAAAAAUAACUCCAGUCCUGUUAAAAGUGCUGUAUGGUCUGGGCCACCGUGCUGCAGCUCAGUUUCAGGGUGUUGGUUGUCUUCUUACAGCCUACGCCAUCUUUAUGUAGAGCAGCAAUUCUUUCUUUCGGCUUCUGAGAGUUAUUGGCUUAGAGAUGCCAUGUUGAACUUCCAGUCACCAGUGUGAGAGCAAUAACACAAUUUACCUCACCUGGAACCUUGUAACGCUUAGGGAGUCACAUGACAUCGGGGAGGGAAAAUGUCUUAUUGGGCACAAUUGGACAUUAAACGUGUGUGUUGAGUCAUUUCAAGCAGACAGUAAAGUUACACUGUUGGUGGGCACUGACUGCUUGACGUGUCAGUGUUAUAUAUUCAGUGUUGUCUGAUGAGAAGAUAGAAUAAAAUAUUUACAAAAGUGUGAGGGUUUUACUUACUUUUGUGAAAUAAUGAUAUAGAUAUCACUUUGAACAUGCAUUUUGUACAAAAGCACCACGAAGCGUCAGAAAUAUGUAAAACUUUAGCACUUGUUUGUAGAGAGAAAUGACUCAGUUCCAAAUCUGAUCAGGUAAUUAUUUUUUGAAUGUAUUUUUUUUUUUGUUUUUUAUUUAUGUUCUUUGUGAAAAUACUAUUUUGAGAUUUCAUUUUUAAAUUUAAAUGGUCAGUGGUAAGCUACCCUGGAAAUCAAGUGUAUUUAUCAGACUUUCUAGCUAUGGUUUGAGUUUUAGCUUUGGUUGCUGCAUACAUUUAUUGUAACUAUAAGAAUGCGAUAGUGUAGUAUUUUCAUGUUUUAACUGCAGCUUUUGUUAAUCAGAAUUUCAUAAUUCUGUUUUUGUACUAUUGUUUAUCAAAGGGACCUUAAGGAAAAGUUGGUUUUUAACUCAAAUAUUUUCUCUUCUCACUUUUAAAGUAGUUUUUUAUUUUUGAACCAAUUGGUGUCUUUUGAACUGUUGAUGCAAAUAGUUUGCAGUUGUAUGAUGAGAUGAAAAGGUGAAUGCCAUCUAUGGGUCUGCAACUACUGGUUAGCUUUGCCUUUUCUUUGUAGCACUGUGUUUUCUAGUCUUCUAUGAUUUAUUAGAUAUUUGUGCUCAGGGUUAAUGUUGUUGAGUCUAAUGGGAUGUCUAAGAGGUUUAUCACGUGAUUCAACAUUUGUGGAGUCUGUGGUAAUUGGUCUAUUUACAGUAAAAGAGUUGGAUUAUGUCUUGGCAAUGAAUACAACAAACCUGUGGAGGUGGUCAAUGAAAUUAACUUCAAAUGAAUUUGAGUCUUGUAACGCUUAAAAAUGUGGGGAGGGGGGAUUGAAAUGCUCCUGUUGUUGUUUUUUUUUUGUUUUUUUAUGCAUUUGUUGAAAAUUAGGACAACAUAAUUGAUGAAAAUUAAAUUUUUAGUUCUUUUUCUUGUGGAUUUGUGCUCUUUACCAGUUCUAUAUUUCAGCAGUAAGAGCAUCCUAAACACAUCACGGACAGCAGGAGUAGCUGGUUCAUUGUCAAAUCUGAAAGGAUUUGUGUUCAUCUUGGGUGCUUGUAUUCAUUCCACCUCAAGUCUUACUUUAUUGGAGUCAUAUUCAGGCCAGUUGAGCAGAUGCAUAAAUCUUGUUGGUCCAUUAUGUCAAUCAAUUUUUGUCAUGUUGCAAAUUCCAUUUAUAACAUUAAAGUCCUUAAUUAAAAAAAAGACUAAUUUUUCCACCCAUUAAACACUGAUUUAUUAUGUAAAUAUUGUGUAAAAUUAAAUAUUUACAAUAUG